AUGUUCUCCUCAGACUCCCUACAGGAGGGCCAGGGGGGGGGGGGGUUUGGGGGGGGGGGGGGGGGUGGGGGGUGGGGGGGGGGUGGGGGGGGGGGGGGGGGGGAUGUGGGGGGGGGGGGGGGGGGGGGGGGGCGGGGGGGGGGGGGGGGGGGGGGGGGGGGGGGGGGGGGGGGGGGGGGGGGGGGGGGGAUGAGUGGGUACCAGCCUCAGUGUGAGCGUGUGUGUUCGCCCUCUGCCCCUGUCCCGCAGACGCCUGUGUCUCGGUCCAGCCCUGUUUCACGUUUGGUCAGCCAAUGGUCCAUGCCGGCCUCCUCUCCCACCCGGACCCCUGCUUUACCCACACUAUUGAUGGCUGCUGAUGUUCUGGAGAGCGUCCAGCUGACCUCGACAGGCGGGGGAGCGAGAUGCAUCAUUGUCCAGAGAGGGACCCCAAGGAGAGGAGCUAAGCACAGCCGGACCGCUCCAACCGCGCAUCUGUCAACAGGACGGGGUCAUUAG